AUGAGCAGGCUGGACACGCGCACGCUCAAGGACGAGCUGACGAGCAUGGACAGGCGGUGCCUCCUGGACCUCGGCCACCCGCUCCUCAACCGCGUCGCCGACACCUUCAUCCGCGCCGCCGGGGUCGGGGCGGCCAGGGCCGUCUCCAGGGAGGCCUACUUCGUCACCGUCGAAGGUACCAUGCAUUCCCGUGCUGUGCGAGUGAUACGGCAGCGCGCGGCUGGUGCUCACCGUCCAUUAUUACGAUCUGCAGGGCUUUCAGGGGACUCGUCCGGGCUGGACCCCGACGGCGGCAAGAGGAACCAUUUCUCCAGCAUCAGAGGUGAUGACGGCCAGAGGUCGCUCGACGCAGUGGUAAAAACGGCUGGCAAGGAGGCCUUCCAGUGGGGGUUGGCAGCCGGAGUCUACUCUGGGCUCACGUACGGCCUGAGGGAGGCCAGGGGAUGCCACGACUGGAAGAACAGCGCGAUCGCAGGUGCAAUUGCUGGGGCGGCGGUGGCGCUCACGGGUGACGCCGGUGGCCACUCUGACAAGCUCGUCCAUUUCGCCAUCACCGGCGCUGCGCUCUCCAGUGCCGCGAGCUUGCUCUCCGGCAUAUUCUGA